GUUCAUUUGUAAGUGUUCAGUCAGCCAGGGCGGAAGUUCUCGCCAUUUUGAGUAGGCAAGAGCCUUACGUGGCGGAUAUAGUGAGUCAGAUAACUUUAUUAUGGAAGGGAAAAAGGAAGAUGGUGGAAUUCAGUCUCAAAAGUAAUUGCAGAAGCGGAAGCAGUGUGUGAGAAACUACACACAACAUGUAGGAAGCCCUGCAAGUGCGAAGAAGCAAGUCAACCCUUUGUGUGCCCUCGAGUCUCUCAAUAAGUUUGUGUAGCACGUACUGGUGCAGGAAAUACUUUGUGCAGUUUUGAUACUGAAGGCACUGAAUGAAGUUGAGAUAAUUAUUUGUAGCUUGUUUUUGCACAGACUAAGAUCUUUUAAGAACAUCCAGCUCAUCUAGUAGCCAGUAGUGUUGGCACACAGUUGGAGGGUGAAGGAGUCGUAAUGCAUGAGAACCGACUUCAAUGACCACUUGAUAGUAAGAGCACACGAUACAUUUGGAUACGUGCUAGCAAGCCUUAAGCAACUCGGAGAUGGCACUGCAGAUGAAUGUGUCGGGUAUACGCCGAAAUUUGAAAAAUAUUGCCCACAAUUACACAGAUGCGCAGAUUAAAGUGCGUGAGGCAACGAGUAAUGACCCAUGGGGACCCUCUUCUACCCUUAUGUCUGAAGUUGCUGACCUUACUUACAAUGUGGUGGCCUUCACAGAAAUUAUGCAGAUGAUCUGGAAACGGCUGAAUGACCACGGCCGCAACUGGAGACAUGUUUACAAAGCUCUUGUAUUGUUAGAAUACCUCAUUAAGACUGGUAGUGAGAAGGUGGCAGAUCAGUGUAAAGAAAACAUUUAUGCCAUACAAACCCUAAAGGACUUCCAGUAUUUAGAAGAGAACAAGGACCAGGGAAUGAAUGUACGAGAAAAGGCCAAAGCUCUUGUCACCCUUCUAAAAGAUGAUGAGCGACUUCGGAACGAGAGAGUUAGAGCCCUUAAAGCCAAAGAAAGAUUUGCACAGAGUGUAUCGGGUAUUGGCAGUGAUAGUGAUAAUCCACGGGAUUCUCGGCAUGCUGAAGAACUGACAAUUAUCUGUGAUGGGGAUAAGACUUAUGUUACAAGUUCUUCUCGGCCUGCCGAACGAAAUGCUUUCGGCAUUAAAGAUGGUCCUUCAGGCUUAGAACCUCAGCUAGAGGCUGCCCGUCCUCAGACAGUUGGUGAGGAGGAACUACAGUUACAACUUGCUCUGGCUAUGAGCAAAGAAGAAGCAGAGCAAGAGGAACAAAAACAGCGUUCUGAUGAUGUACGACUGCAGAUGGCCAUCACUCAGAGUGAGGAGGAUUUUAAGAAAGAUUGGUCGCCAUCGGAGUUCAAACGCCACCAGAAAGAGGAUAUGUCAGCAAUGAAUGACCUUCUAGAUAUCAAUUUUAAUCCUCAUGGGGGAGUUAAUGGAGCAGGUGCACGGUCAGCCUCUACUCCUCCAUGUCCCACUUCACUAGAUCCCUGGGGGAUGCCAACUCCUGCCACUUCUGCAUCUCCACAGCAUACCACUCAACCCAAGAGUUUACCUGCUGCAGGCUACACUCCAUCGCCACCUCCCAUCCCCCCUCUCCCAGCAUCCAGCUCUUCACUUUUGUCCUCUUUCUCAUCUCCUAAGAUAACUUUCAGAUACUCAAAUCCUCCUCAGUUCAGUUCAACAGCUUUUGAAUUACCUGAUGAGUGGCAUCGUUCAUCUACCCCACCCAAUCCUUUUAUGAGUGACACUAAUAAAUUGUCUCUUUCACCAAGAGGUCGAGAAAACACACUGCCUUCAAUGAGGAAUGUUUCCUCAAUGACACUUGGAUCAUAUUCAACUUCUUCGCUGUUGCUCACUCCACCUCCACAACAAAGUAUUUCUUCUUCUCUACCAUCUAGCUAUUCACUGUUUCCCCAGGUGUCAACUUCAUUUCUCAGUCCUCCUCUUCAGCGUUCCUCUGUUUCUUCCCCUCGUCCUGCUUCUUCUCUUUCUUGCACUACUCCUUCUGAACCACCUGCAGAUAUUUCCUCACUGUCCCCUUCCUCAUACAACCCUUGGGGUGCUGUUCAGGUCAACAUUGCAACUGUUACAAUGCCUCCUUCAGACAAGACAGACCCCUGGGGAAUGGCUCUCCCAAAUGGUGGCUCAGAAACUCCUAAACAGCCUGAUCCAUGGGGUUCUCCAGCAUCGGGUCCUCCGUCACGUGUCACAUCUCCGCCAACUACAAGUGAUCCCUGGGGUCCUCCACCAGCCAGAUCACCUGAACCACCAAUGGGAGGUAUUUGUGGUAAUGAUCCUUGGGCAGUCUUAGGUGUUAUACCUCCUGCUGCUAAGACCACCACGCCACCUGCUGGCACUAAUGACCCAUGGGAUCCGGUCCCUGCGAAGCCCCAAACUAAAGAUCCGUUUGCACCCAUUUCACCAACAAACAAUGGCGACAUGGAUGAGUUUUCAGCUUUGUCAAUAAGGGAUAAACCAACUAAUAAUGGUGUAUCAGAUCAUUUUGAUUUAAGUGGGCUUAGUACAACUAUGACGGACAAUAGCAGAGCUUCACCACCAAAAUCCAAAUCUCCAGCGGCCUUCUUGGGGGAAAAUUGCAACCUUGUAAAUUUGGAUAACCUUGUGUCUGCUAAACAGUUGCCUGCUGGCUUAGGAGUCUCCCCAUUGAACUCCACGAAUACCUCCAACUCUACCUUCAUCAACAACAAUCUCAACAACACCAUGACCACCACCACCAAUCCUUUCGCUACACCUGGCCUCGCGCCCUCAUCUUUUGCAGGUGUGAAUCCAUUCAGCGCUCCCAGUCCUCCGAAUCCCUUCCAAGCUCAACAAGCCCCUAAGCCUUCUAUGAAUCAGCUAAGAACUACGGGCAUUGUGGGUUUGCCUCCAUCCAAUGCUGGUGCUCCUGUUCAUACUACCGGGUCGUCCCCUGGUCCAUGGGGCUCUCCUCAGCCGUCCAUUGGGUUUGGAGUAGCACCCGCUGCAACCUCCCAAGAUGAAAAUCCCUUUCUUUUAUAAUAUUACCAAAUCCUCAGUAGCAGUGUUCACAUACCAUUAUUGUAAUGCAUUAUCAUUAUUUUACUUGAUUUUUAUUAACACCAGUUCUCUGCUUUAUUUUAAAGUUGUAAAUAAAUUCAUAGAUGUAUUCUUUAUACAGUAUAAUGUAUCACAUUAGUUUGUACAGGGUCUCCAUUUUCCUCCCAUCACCUUUCCAUACAUUAGGAUUUUAUCUAUGCUGAGUUUGAGUGAAACUUCAGAAACACCAGGAAUAUGCUAAUAAAAUUUAUCCUUAUUCUGUGGUAGUUUUCAUAACUUACAUUCAGACUUCUGCAAAUAUGUCUCCAAAGAGUUUAUAUUGAAUAAAAGUAUGCAAUAUUAUCUUUAUUAUAUUAUAAUUAGGUGUACAUUUAUAACAGGUCCAGAAGUAGAUUAUAAAUGAAGUAACUUAUUUUGUAAAUUUCUUAAUAUUUAAUGUUUUUGCAAACAUUUCUUAGUUUUUGUUCAUAGCUUUGAACUAACAAGAGUUAGUGUUAAGGCUAAUAUACAGUGAGACUUAGGUAAACCAGUUAGUUUAUCAUCUGUUAUGGAUGGAAAUUUAGUUUUCCUGCUGCGUUGAAUAGGGGGUAUUGUUGUUAAGAUAGACACUUGGUGUAGAGCUAAUCUUUUAAUAUAGACUUUCACUGUAGAACUUUAUAGAGUCAUGACUUAAUAAAGUUCUACUUAGAGCAAAAACUUGCCCAUAGUUAACAUUUGCUCUACCCAAAGUGUCUGUUUACCAGUUUUCCUGCUCAUGUAAUGUUGAGCAUUACAGAAUUAUUAAUCUUGCAUCCAGAAAUUAUUGGCUUGUGUAUCUUUUGCAUUUACUAUUUCUUAAUUGAAAAGAAAAUGGUAAUGGUACUUUAUUUUAUAAAUUUCUUGUCCCGCAGAACAUUAAGACAUAACUGUGCCUUGGCAGAAGACGGCCAUUGAGGUGAAAAAGUAUACAAGGUGCUGAGAAGAAAACCGAUGAACUCGCCAGUGAGUGAAAAGUGUGCAGUGAGCAAAAAUUGCAUUUUCUUUACAAAAAUGUUCAUCAGUCUUUAAAAUAAGACCAGUUUAAUCAAAAUUGUAUGUUUGAUUACUGAGAUAUUGUUGCAAACAUUUGUAGGCAAUCUCAAAAGUGACAUUUGGUGAAUUAACGUUUUCUUCAUUGCAAAGGUUUGUAGGCUAUAUUCAAGCUGAUAUUUGGCAAGUUUGUCAUUUUUAUUCUCAGCACCCCGUAUAAUACACAAUACACUCGCACAUGCACGUGUGGGAGAAGACCAUCAAGUUAAAAAAAAAAAAAAAAAAAAUUUAACUCGAUGGCUGUCUCCAGCCAGGACAGGGUAACCCAAAGAAGAAAA